UCAGUGGUGACAGGUUGUCCAGCUUCUUACAGCCAUCUUCACUAAAACGAAGGUUAACGCCUUUUCACCCGAUGGACUCCAAGUCAUUUCGGUUACAAAGGACCUGAAGAGUACAAUUACUUCGGUCAUUUUAAUCUUAUACUUAGGAAUCAUUGUCACCGUGAUUGUAUGCCAGGGUUGGAUUUCAACAUCUGGACGAAUUAGAAAAGUAUACAUAUCAGCAAUUCAUUACGACAGCGAUGAAUGUACCACUGAGAGACCUUAAAAGCCAAGCUGAAGACAGAUCAUCCUGGAGAGAAUCUAUCUAGGUGGUUGCUAAGAGUCGACACCGAUUUGACGGCACUUCAUCAACCAAUCAAUCAAUCAUACAUAUCAGAACUGAAAACUUUUAUCAGCAGAAUGGCAUGCAAGACAAUACAUCAGAAUCUUCUACUUCAAUAACUCAACUUCUGAGAGAGAGCUAUUUAGCUGAAAGCAGCCAUCAAGGGAAUAGCGAAAGAAGUAGAUCAGAACCAUCUCCACAUACUUUCCACUGUGGCAAUACUUCUGGGACUUCAGACGAGGUGGCUGGCCAAGAUGACCUUCCAGAUCUUUCUGCCUUUUUGAGCCAGGAAGAGCUGGAUGAAAGUGUGAACCUGGCAAGGCAAGCAAUCAAUCAAGAUCCAUUUGAGAACAAGCCGGAUGAUCAACAGAUACAUGUGUUUUAUCCCUCUGAGUUGAAAAACUCUGGAAAUACACUUUCAACAAAACAACAAUUCCAAUCUACAACUUCACCAGCUUCCGACAGCAGUCUAAAAAAACAGCAAUUUGGUUCAGAGGCUGAAUCCAAAAAGGAAUUCCUCAACAAGGCGGCCGAUUUUAUUGAAGAGCUUUCUUCUCUUUUCAAAGCACACAAUUCAAAAAGAAUCAGACCCAGGACAUGCAAAAACUACAGGAGCAAACUUGAAUCUAAAAAUAAGACUACCCAAGACAGUAGUUUCUCAGAUCUGUCCGAAAACAGAGAAAGGCCUUGUGUUCCAGUACCUCAAGAUUUAGAUAAAGCUGAGCACUCACUUGAAGACCCAGAUAAUCCGGAGCAGGCAGACUUGGAAGCUGUAAACAAAUUAGGAAGUUCAGGGUUAACCACAGAGUCGGCUGCAUCUUGUUAUUCUGAGGAGUCUAUAGUCCAACCACCACAUUUUACUCAAAAACUGAAGAGCAGAGAAGUCCCUGAAGGAACCAAAGUGCAGUUGGACUGCAUUGUGGUAGGAAUUCCAGCACCUGAAGUCAGGUGGUAUUGCGAAGGGAAAGAGCUUGAAAACUCACCGGAUAUUCACAUCAUCCAGUCUGGUGAGCUGCAUUCACUGAUCAUCGUUGAAGCUUUUGAAGAAGACACAGGACGGUACUCCUGUUUUGCUUCCAACAUCUAUGGGACAGACUCGACCUCUGCAGAGAUUUAUGUAGAAGGAGCUUCAUCAUCCGAAUCUGAAAGUGACACCAGUAAAGAAGAAAUGGAUCAGUUCCAAAAACCUACAAAGAUCUCUCCAAAUGUGCCACCUCCUCCUGCCUAUGCCACAACUACCCAACAAGAAGCACCUAAACCACAACCUUCUAUGGCACAUCCUGUAUCAAUACCAGUCCACCAUGUAAGAGAGAUGAAUAUGAGUCAAAGCCCCACUAACUAUUUGCAAGGACUGGAUGGGAGACCCAUAAUAGCUGCUCCAGUGUUUACUAAGAUGCUACAGGAUAUAUCAGCCUCUGAGGGGCAGCUGGUUGUGUUCGAAUGCCGAGUGAAAGGAGCACCUUCUCCAAAAGUUGAGUGGUACAGAGAAGGAACAUUGAUAGAAGAUUCACCAGAUUUCCGAAUACUACAGAAAAAACCUCGCUCUAUGGCUGAGCCAGAGGAGAUUUGCACAUUAGUUAUUGCUGAGGUGUUUUCUGAAGAUUCUGGGAGCUUUACAUGUACCGCAAGUAAUAAAUACGGGACAGUCUCCAGUACAGCUCGUCUAACUGUAAAGGGACCUGAGGACCAGAAUAAUACUGCUGCACUUCAUAAUAUAAGUUCAAUCAGUUUAGUUGCUGCUGAACACCAGCCUUUUGCACCCAUCCCUUCACUUCCAUUAGUGGAUCAAUUGCCAAAACCUAAACUGGAAGGAGUUCUUGUAAACCACAAUGAACCUCGAUCAAGUUCCAAGAUAGGCCUUCGUGUGCACUUCAAGCUGCCGGAAGAUGAUAAAGGAAGUGAAACAUCAUCAGAAGAUGGAGGAGGGUCUGCAAAUCAGAUCAGACCAAACUGCUUCCCAGAUAAGAUCAAUGGACAAAUAUUGAAAACCCAGGAGCCAACCUCACCUUCAAAAGAGCCACCUCCAGUGCUGGCCAAACCAAAACUAGAUCCAACCCAAUUAAAACAGCUACACAACCAAGUCAUGCUCGAACAGCAGCAGAUACAGCAGCCAUCUCCCCCACCUCCACGAGAGCUGCCAUUUAAUACUGGAACACUGAACUCUGCUACUUUGCCCAACCAGCACCAGCAGCAACAACCUUCAUCAACUAUGUACAAGCAGAACAAGGGUUCCCUGACACAGACAUUCACCUACACCCGGCCUAAACAGUUCUUGGCAUCUCAGAACACCACCCCAACAGGCAGCUCCUCUUCCAACUCCCCUAUGCCUUCAUUCAGCAAUGUACCUCAAGGAACCCAGAGAAUACCCAACAAGGAAAACUUCUUAGGAUCUCCUCCACCAGUCCAAACAAGGUCUCCAGGGUUUACAAACCAAACUGAGCAGCCUCUAACAAGUCCUAAAGAACCUGUGUUGCCACCACUACUGCUUUCUGUAUCUAGUAUGAACCAGUUCCAACCCCAAAAUGUGCCUCCUACACCUCUCUCUCCAACUGGCAGGAUCCAGAACCCGGUAGCCUUUCUCAGCGCUGUUCUGCCUUCUCUUCCUUCUACACCCCCAACAAAUGCCAUGGGACUUCCUAAAAGUGCACCAUCUGCAGGAAACCAGGGAGCGACGAAGAAAAACCUUAGACCCUUGCCUUUGGUAACAGAGGAUUCAAUUAGAGAUUACAAAGCUGCUGUUGUAAAAGACCUGGAGAAAAGACUACAUUUACGGGAUGAAGUUUUCCCACAUGGUCAGCAGAGAACAGCAUAUGAUGAAAACCUGGCUCGCAGGCUUCAGGGACCAAGCAAUGAUACCCCACUCUUCAACUUUACAGCUCAGGAUGUAUCCAAGGAAUACAAAAUUUCCAGCUUUGAACAGAGAUUGAUGAAUGAAAUAGAGUUUCGCCUUGAACGUACCCCAGUGGAUGAAUCAGAUGAUGAAAUUGAACAUGAUGAGAUCCCUACAGGCAAAUGCAUUGCCCCAAUUUUUGACAAGAGGCUCAAGCAUUUCCGUGUCCUGGAAGGUUAUCCUGCCACUUUCACUUGCAUAAUUGUUGGAAUCCCUGUACCUAAGGUGUAUUGGUUUAAGGAUGGCAAGCAGAUUUCAAAGAAAAACGAGCAUUACAAGAUGAGCAGAGAGGGUGAUGGGACCUGCUCUUUACAUAUUGAGGCUACUACGAAUGAUGAUGAUGGAAACUAUACAUUUAUGGCUGCGAAUCCACAGGGAAGAAUAAGCUGCUCUGGUCACUUGAUGGUUCAGACUCCUCCAAUGCGUGGUAGAUUAUCCACAGCUAUCCAGUCUCACAGGGGAAGAUCCCGUAUACCAGAAGGAGAUAAGGAACCCGUACAGGAGCGCUUCUUCCGGCCAUAUUUUCUACAGGCACCUGGAGACAUGGUAGCUCAUGAGGGACGGCUUUGCAGACUGGACUGCAAGGUGAGUGGGUUACCACCCCCAGAUCUGAUGUGGCUUCUGAAUGGCAGGCCUGUCUUACCAGACACCACCCACAAGAUGCUUGUCAGAGAGACUGGAGUGCACUCCCUGCUUAUUGAUCCCCUCACACAAAAUGAUGCCGGAAUUUACACUUGCAUAGCAACCAAUAAAACAGGACAAAAUUCAUUUAGCCUGGAGCUCAGUGUUGUAGAAAAGGAAGUUAAAAAGGCUCCAGUGAUACUGGAGAAGCUACAGAAUUGUGGAGUACCAGAGGGACAUCGAGUCCGACUAGAAUGCAGAGUGAUUGGAAUGCCACCCCCAGUCUUUUACUGGAAAAAGGAUAAUGAUACCAUCCCUCCCAACAGAGAAAGAAUGAGUAUGCACCAAGAUGCUACUGGAUAUGUUUGCCUUCUGAUUCAGCCUGCUAAGAAAGUGGAUGCUGGUUGGUAUACCUUGUCUGCAAAAAAUGAAGCCGGUAUUGUCUCCUGUACUGCUAGACUUGACAUAUAUGCCCAGUGGCAUCAACAGAUCCCUCAGCCAAUAAAGAUUCGCCCUGGUGGCACCCGAUAUGCAAAUCUCACAGGGCAAGGACUCGACAUUUUUUCUGCUUUUCCUGCUGUUGAGAAUCCAGUGCGGUUUUCAUCACCAUCCCAGCCUGUGGUAGAAAGUGAAGAACUUUAAAAACCUCCAGUUCCAAUCUUACCUGAAAAAUAAAUGCUAGAACUGUGAAAAAGAAUGGAAGGUACAAGCCGGGAGACUCAAGGUUUACAAGCAACUUGUAUUUGUUUAGUAAGUGUACAGUUGCUGGAAUUCCUGUGAGUAACAUACUGUACAAGACCUUACUGCAGCAUCGCACUACAGGGUCAUUGUGGUAUCGUUUGCAGUGUAAUAAGUUCACUGCUGUGUUAUUUCCCCCGCAAAGCAUUAGAAAGAAAGGAGACCUACUUUUCAGUCCAUACAAAAAAAAGCUGUACUACGUUUUAGUACUGCUUCAUUAAAAAGCUACUGUAACCAAAACAAUCAAUGGCAAGGAUUUUAGAUGUUUAGCUAAGAGCUACCAGCAGAAGUAUGGACACUGUGAUCAUUCUGAAAGAGGGUAAACCCUGUGACUUUGAAUAUAAUCUUGAAAACCUGGCUGGCAGUCACAAAGCACAAGGCAAAUGCACACAAAAAAUGCUGAAAGAUCCGGAAUACACAUGGAGAAAAGAUUUGGCAAACUCAAAACUAGAGCAGCAUAGCAUUUCAAAUAGAAACCACUAUAUACAAUUUAACUUUUUAAAAAUUUGUGUGUGAUUAUAUUCCAUGAAUUGUGUACCCAUGGUGUACUGAAUCAUACUGUAAGACACCAUGCAUGUACGUUGGACAUUAACCUGUGCAAUUAAAGAGCCUAUAUCCUAUGAAACACAUAUAGACCCCACAGCUACCACUGCUAAAUGCAUUUUGAAGUGUGCUUACUUGUUAUUUUUUCCAUUUUAGGAAUACCUUGAUUUGAAGCAAAAAAUAUCUUUCAGGUUAUUUUUGUUCCAUGGGCUUUAAGAAAUUAAUUCCUUUCUCCUUCUGGGGUUUUGAUAUGUGCAUAUGAAAGCACUUCUACAGAUGUGCAUCAGAGGAACUAUAACCUGAUCCAAUCAAACCUAUUUCAAUUUCAUUCUGAAUACCACUCUUUAAAACAGAUAACACUACAUUCAUGGUUUUAGUACAAAUCUUUAGUACUUGGAUAAAAGGCAACAAUAUUUUCUUAACAAGUGGUCAAGGGAAUACAUACAAAAAGCAUGUGAGGAAAAAGGGUCUUUAGCAACACAUCUAAUGAACCAAUUUCAAUGCAUUUCUGUUUUAUUCAGUAUUCUAAACAAAGUCUCAUGUAGGGCUUGAGAUACGUGUUAGCAUUUUGUUCCUGUUUAAACUAUUGGUUAGAUGUGUGAUUCAGAUUUUACUUCCAAGGGAGUAAUCUGCUGCCAACAGGUCUGCCAAAGAUAAUUCAUAAAGCACAUUAAAGAAAUAAUCCUUACUGCUGUAAGUAUUAUUAUCAGUGAACAGUCACUUGGCUUUAUAAUCACCAUGUAAUCCCAAUCCUUCCAAGGAAUGUAAUUAAAUUAUAACCCAAAACUAGGGUCUGAGUAUUCUCUUAUUUUGUGUUAAGUCCCCCUGAGCUCACUAGCAUUAAUGGGUCUGAAGAAGCAAACUUAUGGUAAGUCAGCUGGGGACUUUCUUUGGUUCAGAGGGAAAGAGAGAUACUCUUUUUUUCACAGGACUGAGCUUUUAAAGGUUGGUAUAAUUGAUGGCUCUUGAUAUGGGGAGACAGGAUAAAACACCUGUCAGUUGGAUUCCAUCAUUGCUAGCUAGCACGGGGUCUACUUCUGGUCUCAGCAAGACAAAAAUACACUGAAAAGCAAUAGCAUUUGAGACCCAUCUUGUCUGCUUUGUUAUAAAUGAGGCCAGAAUCUGGAUUACUCUAAUGCACUAUCAUCAUGAGAUCAAGUUCUGUUGCCUAUACUUCAGCAAAAUUCCAGGGGCUUUACAAAAAAUAAACCCUAGGGUUCUACCUUCUAUGGAGAACAGAACUUGGUGGGUUGAAGCUGAAAUAGAAAGUUCUUCCAAGCUUUGAAGGUUCAAAUCUUGCUUAGAAUGUAUAUGUGAAAUUAAUUAUCACUUUGACUGUCCAUAUGAAGAAAGAUUAAGUGCAUCCCUUUAGUAUUAAAUAUAUAUGUUGUUAUUGUAUUGUCCCUAUGAAUACUCUUUUUGUUAAGGCUACUGUUUGAAGAGCCAAGGAAUUCUGUGAUUUAUGUCAGCAGGAAGUUUUUCACUCGGGGCUUUUAAAGUGCUUUAAUUUGCAUCUCCUCUGGAAUGCAGGGUGAGCGUUCACUUAUCAACCAGAUUUACCCCAAAGUCCCUGCGAGCUAUCGGGGAGCAGUUCACACACACUUUGGGUUUUUCACUGUGCAUUAGAAUGUAGCCUAAUUUAUAUCUGGGGUAAAAAAUCCACUAUUUGUGUCUGGUUUUGCGGGAUGACGUCAAGUUCUCAAUAAAGCCUCCCCAUAAACCCACGGUAAAGCCUGCUGUGUGGCAUAAUGUAUGACAAGUAUAUGUUACAAUGAAUGUUCAAAAUGUGAUAAAUGUUGACAUUCAUAAGUAAAUAUUUGAGACAAAUUUUGUGCCUGCCUGAAAAUUCAGAGAGAUAUUGGUAAAUGUUUACUCUUAGCUAAAUGUGAUUGUCAGCAUUUACUUGUAUAUAUCUGAAAAGUAUAGGCAAUAAAUAUCUAUUUAUUAUUUAUUUAUAAUUUUCAGACAUUUAAUAGUCAGCAUAUUCACAUGUGAAUGUCAUUCACCAAGUUUGGACAUUCAGUGUUAAAAUUACUAAUUCAUAUCCAGUUAAUUUAAGUGGGAUUUUGUCAUGACUAACUUUUUUCUGGAUUGUACUCUGUAUGUAUAAAGCAAUCCUGAAUUAUAUGUGAUAUCAAUCAAGCAGAUAAUAUUAUGUGAAAAGACAGUUUUCAUUACAGAUGCUGUCCAGAGCUAUCUUCUUGUACAGCAUUGUUUGCCUUUUAUUUUGUCUUUAUUUCACAAACAGAACUCAGACUGACUUUGCACUAUAUACAAAUCCCUUUGUCUUACACAGCAAAGGCCAUACUUGCAAAAAUUGAAAAGGACAGAAUUUUCAUGUUCAAAAAAUAAAUUACUUACCUUUAUUUAUUAUUUAUUUAUUCGAUUUCUAUACCGCCCUUCCAAAAAUGGCUCAGGGCGGUUCACACAGAGAAAUAAGAAAUAAAUAAAUAAACCUUCAAAGUCAUCACCUAGUAAGGAUGCUAAGUAGAAAGCAAACAAGCAAAUAGUUCCAAAUUCAUUUAUUCAUAAAUUUAUGUAACACUUUCUUCCUUUUGGAGUUUGCGAAAAAGAUACUGGAUAGUAAUGAUGAUACUAAAAAGCAGCAUACUGUGUCUGAGUGAGCAGUAAGGCAGAAAGUUGUUCUUGUGCUUUAAGACUCUUCAAUAUACAGCAACUCAAAUCUAAGAUUUGUACACCUAGAGCUGUACAUAUCAGGUGGUAUAAAAAUAUGAUAGAUAGAUAGACAGAUAGAUAGAUAGAUAGAUUUGCUGUUCCAGAAAAAGGAUGUUGUGUGGCUUUUACUGCUAUAGGACAGCUCAAGACAUAAACAACAGGCAUUGUGGAUUUGCUUCAGAGAUGUAAAUGAAGGCUUUGAAGGUUUGUGAUUCGUUCACACAAAUAUUUGAGAAGUCAAUGCAGACUCAUCUCUCAGUGAUUCUCUUAGAUUCUCUUGACAAAAGAAUUUGAGUCAAAAUGUUGCAAACCUGCUACUUCAGGUGAGAAAAAUAUACAGUAAUGUGUAAUACAAAAAAUGGAAUUUUUAAAAAAGAACUGCACUAAUAAUGCAAAGGAAUGAAACACUAUUCUCUGGAAAAUGAUAUUUCAGACCCACUAUAAACUGUACCUGAGUUAACAUAGCAAGGAAAAGCUAAUUAAACGUUGUUUCUGUUAAUUAAAUGCUGCACAAAUCAAUGGCCUUAUGUUCUACCAAUAUCAAGUUGUUGUUUUUCCUUUAAAUAGGUUUUUAUCCUGAUGAUGUUAUAUCAAAGUGCAUACCUUCAGUAAAAAGUGGGGGCAGAGGGAUGGUGCAAUUUUUAAAGUAUAUUUUAAAUGCAUAUACAGAGAAAUGCCAAACUCUUCAGCAACUGUAUUUUCCCCUCAUCCAUUAAAUAAAUGCUUCAGAGUUGCA